GUGGAGGCUAUCCCUGUGAGUUACAUUGUUUUCGGUGAAAAGUGUAUGGAACUGGCGACGGAGCUGUUCAAAACCUUUGCGAAUUAUGACGCUCUCAUGGAGGCCAACGUCAUGCAAAAAAUGAUUGAGACGUUUCCUGACCGCGGAUAUCCUCCCUUUUUUAAACCCCACCUUCACGGUAGAUGCGUACUAAGAAGAGAAAACUUCAUUCACUACUUUUGUUUGGAUGUCCUGGUGGAGAUAUCUCAAGACCAGAAUUCGCCGACUGAUAAUCGCGUCUACGCCAGUGAUGUCAUCAUAAUUGACACUCGUUCUGGCGUCCUUACCCUAAUCUAUCCGACACCGACCCAGCCAGUUGGAAACCAACUUCGUCCUCCCCCUUUCUCAAACCCACGUUGGUAG